GAAAAGAAAGGAAGAAAAAGGGCAAAAAUGGCUUUGGAGUUCCCCAAGUUUCUGACAGACAAAGACAAAAGCAAAGCAAUACUCUUUCGACUGCAAUGACUCUGACAAUCACGUGAUCUCUCUCCCCAUUCCCUCUAUUCUCGUUCAAUUUUUCUCCUGCACUAAUCAACGUAACUUAAAUAUUCGGACACUCUCUCUCUCUCUUCUUUUCCACACUAGCUAAUUCUUCGGUUGAAAAAGUUCCAACUUUGAAACGCUGGUGGUGCGAGUUCUUGAAAACUCCUUUGAAAAUUUCAAGCGGGCUUCUCUGAGGAGUCGCUAGUUUGGCUCCCCAGAUCUGCUUGUGCUGUAAAAGGAAUGGGUGUCAUUUCCCGAAAGAUCUUUCCGGCAUGCGAGAGCAUGUGUGUUUGUUGUCCUGCUUUGAGGUCGCGGUCUCGCCAACCUGUUAAGCGUUACAAGAAAUUGCUGUCUGAGAUAUUUCCAAAGUCUCCUGAUGGUCAUUCAAAUGAUCGAAAAAUUGCGAAGCUAUGUGAAUAUGCUUCUAAAAAUCCAUUCCGGAUACCAAAGAUUGCUAAAUAUCUUGAAGAAAGAUGUUACAAAGAACUGCGAAGCGGUAACGUCAAACUUGUCAGUAUUGUGGCGGAUAUAUACAACAAACUGCUUUGCAUUUGUAAGGAGCAAAUGGUCUAUUUUGCUGUUGACUUGUUGAAUGUAGUUUUUGAACUGCUGGAUGACUCUAAGCAAGACACCGUGUUGGUAAUUGGAUGUGAUACACUGACUACUUUUAUUUAUGGCCAGGUGGAUGGAACUUAUACACACAAUAUUGAGAACUUCGUUGACAAAGUUUGCAUGCUGGCACACAAAACAGGUGAUGAGCAUGAAAAGCGUGGUUUAAGGGCAUCAAGCUUGCGGUGUCUUUCGGCAAUGGUGUGGUUCAUGGCAGAGUUCUCACACGUAUUUGCUGAUUUUGAAAAGAUUGUGCAUGCUACUCUUGAUAACUAUGAGAUGGAUUCACAAAACGAAGAAGCUGAAGAAAGAAAUGAGGCACAUCACAAUUGGGUGGAUGAAGUGGCGAGAAGUGAGGGAAGAGGUACAACUGUUGUAGGUGGUGAGUUUAGCCCUAGCCACAUGAUCAUAAGAAUCAGGCCAGAAAAGAAAGAUCCUGCUCUUCUAACAAGAGAGGAGGUUCAGACACCACAAGUAUGGGCUCAAAUAUGCAUCCAAAGGAUGGUUGAUCUAGCAAAGGAGAGUACUACGAUGCGAAGAGUAUUAGAACCAAUGUUUAUUUAUUUUGACAUGAGAAGACACUGGGUACCUCAGCACGGCCUGGCUCCCGUUGUUCUUUCCGAUAUGUCAUCCUUCGUGGAAAAUCCUGGAUAUCAGCAAUUAAUUUUAGCUGGUGUUGUUCGACAUUUGGACCACAAGAAUGUUGCACAUGAUCCUGAAACGAAAUGUCACAUCAUCCAGACUGCUAGCUGUUUGGCCCGCCAAGUGAGGACAGAAGGUGUGAUUUCUGAUAUGGGGUUUGUUAGUGACCUCUUCAGACACUUGCGCAAAAGCUUCCAAGCAACGGCUGAACCAGUUGGAGAGCAAGAGCUGAAUGUGAACGCUGCAUUGCAGACUUCUAUUGAAAGUUGUCUGUUGGAGACUGUUAGAGGGAUUGUUGAUGUCCGGCCACUGUUUGAUAUGAUGGCAAUUACACUGGAGAAGCUUUCUCAUGUAAAAGUUGUUGCUAGGGCAGCCCUUGCCUCCCUCACUAUUCUUGCUCAUGUCAUUUCACUGGCAUCAGUAUCAUUCCGCUCUCAGCAGGUUUUCCCUGAGGCUCUUUUUGUUCAACUCUUGAAAGUGAUGUUGCAUCCAGAUGUCGAAAUACGCAUGGGAGGACAUCAGAUAUUCUGUGUUCUUCUAAUUCCGAGUUUUGCUCAUGCAAGAAACGAUUUUACUAACCAUCCAAGAAGGUGGCAUUCCAAAAGCAUGUCUACAUUUUCCUCCAUUGCAGCUCUGCUUGAAAAGCUUCGUUUGGAAAUAAAUGGAACCAAAAUAAGGCAUGGAGGUGACGAGUAUCAGCAGCUCAACAAAGUUGAAGAAGAAUGGAAGCAUGGGAGAUCCCACAAAAACUCUCCCAAUAUUCAUUUGAUAAGCUCCAUUAUGGACAAGGCCAGCGGACCUGCUAGCUUGGCUGAGACUGAACAAUAUUUUUUGCAGUGCAACGAGGACCAAGUAGUGCAGUUGCUGUCUGCUUUAUGGAUACAAGUCAAUCUUCCUGACAAUCUACCUGCUAAUAUUGAAGCUAUUGCUCAUUCAUUCUGUUUGGCACUUAUCUCAUCAAGACUUAAGAACUCCAACGAUAAUCUUGUUCUCAGAUUCUUUCAGCUUCCUCUGUCGAUAAGAAAGAUCUCCUUAGACGCCAAUAAUGGGUCCUUGCCGCCCGCAUACCAAAGAUCUCUUCUUGUAUUAUCAACUGCCAUGGUGAUGUUUGCUGCGAAGCUAUACCAUGCAGCUGACACCAAUAAUUUGCUAAACUUGUUAUUCGAAUCUGAUGUGGAUCCAUAUCUUGGCAUCAGUGAUGACUUUCAAGUCUAUGUAAAGCCUCAGCAUGAGCCGAAAGAUUAUGGCUCUGUUUCUGAUAAUGAAGAAGCCUUAUCAACUCUAACAGAGCAGCGGGAUAAGGCUUAUGAAUCUGACAAAGUUAUUUUUGCCUUACUAGUUGAGAGCUUAUCUACCAUUACCAAGUUUGAGCCAGAAGAAAUUGCCGAGCAGCUCUCGGAAGGAUUUGUACCUGAUGAAGCUUUCAUGUUUGGUUCACAAUUAAUGCACGACAUGGAUCAUAUCCAAAGGGCAGCACACUCCAAAGGAUCACAAUCAUUUGAUGGGGACUUUUCCGCCAACUCUCUUCUUGAAGAUGAUGCUAUGAGUGUAUCAUCAGUUGCUGACAUAUCUCGCUUCAUCCCCAAAGUCCCUCCAUCUGCUUCUCCGUCAAUGUCCCAUAUCGUCAGCAUCGGGCAGCUACUAGAAUCGGCACUGGAGGUUGCUGGCCAAGUAGCUGGAACAUCAAUCUCGACAUCACCCCUUCCGUACAGCGCCAUGACAAAUCAGUGCGAAACCUUUGGCACGGAGACAAGGAAGAAGCUGUCUAAUUGGUUAACCUACGAUAACCAGGGUCCUAAACCCUGUAGCAUGCCUGCUGCAACAGGGCUGUCAGCAUUCGAGAAGAUAAUGAGCGAGGAGACCGUUCCAACUGCAAACAACACUUGGUUGGCUCUGAGGCUGCCGCCUUCCAGCCCUUUCGACAACUUCCUUAGAGCAGCUCGUGGUUAGAGCCAAGGUAUGCUUCCUCAAUGACUUGUAAAUUGUUAGGGAUAAUGUGGUGCCAGACUCCACCAUUAGCAGUUGCUUUUUGUAAUCAGUAUCAGCAGUAAUUUUAGCUUUUUAUCUGCUUUAUUAGAAACACGAUGCUUCCAUUGUCGCCUGUGUGUUUCUUGUGUUUGUGUGUGUAAUAUGAAGGGAGGAGACAGAAAGCAAGAGCAUUCUAUUAUGUGGAAUAUUUCAUUUUAUUAUUGACAUUGUUGUCGCAGA